AUGUCUUUUAUCAAAGACUUUGAGGUUCUGGCUACAGUUGGUUCUGGUGCAUUUGGUAAAUGCCAGAAAAUCAGGAGAAAGUCUGAUAGGAAAAUCCUGGCCUGGAAGGUGGUGAGCACUCAGAAGAUGAGUGAAUUUGAAGAAGAGAUGCUCAUCCAGGAAAUCAACCUUCUGAGGGAGCUCCAGCAUCCAAACAUCGUAAAGUGCUACGAUCACUUCAUAGACCACCAGAACAAAACGGUCUACAUAGUGAUGGAGUACUGUGUGGGUGGAAGUCUGGACAGUGUGAUCAAAGACUGCACCAAACAAAAGAGUUUCCUGUCCGAGGAAUACAUUCUUCGGGUUUUGGUGCAGCUUACGUCGGCCCUGAAGCUCUGCCACAGACGCCCUGAUGGCAGCAUUGUUCUUCACCAGGACCUUAAACCAGCCAAUGUUUUCUUGGACAAGGACUUCAGUGUCAAGCUGGGUGACUUUGGGCUGGCACACAUCCUCCCCAGCAGGAAUGAUUACAUCAAGGCAUAUGAUGGGACCGUGAAGUACAUGUGUCCAGAAAAAUUAAACGAGACUUUUUAUCACGAGAAGUCUGACAUCUGGUCUCUGGGGUGUCUGAUUUAUGAGCUGUGUGCAAAAAGGCUUCCAUUUAAUGCCCCCAGUGGAAAACUGCAGGACUGUGUCAACCGCGGGGCGUUCAAACGAAUCCCAGCCCAGUACUCUGACCAGCUGAACGCCCUGAUCAGGGACAUGCUGCAAGUCGUGGACUUUCUGAGGCCUUCCGCUGAAGACAUCCUCAGCAGCAGACUCCUGGCUGAUCACAGAGCCGGUGACUUGGAUCAACUUCUUCAUCCAUCCACGUCAGCUGCAGGCCUGAAGCCCAGGGACCAACAAGAGGCCACACCAAAUAAGUGGAAGCGGAGGCUGGACACUGAGGAUCAUCAAGCUAGCAAACGGAGACGAGAAGGGUUGUGUGACUUCAGUUGA